GUGUGUGUCCACUUUAAUGAUUCAUUUGGAUUAAUGGUACGUUCCAGGACAUCUCCGUCUGGCAGACUUUGGUUUGUCCCGUCGCUUGGAGCGAGGAGGGCGGGCUUUCACCAUCUGCGGUACCAUUCAAUACAUGGCCCCCGAGGUGCUUAGCGGCGGUCCCUACAAUCACGCGGCCGAUUGGUGGUCGCUGGGAAUCCUGCUCUUCUCGUUGGCUACCGGCAAGUUCCCCCUGCCUCCAGAGCAGGACCACUGUGGCAUGCUGAGGAGGGUGAGGUCUUUUCCCUACGAAAUGCCCCUCAGCCUGAGCCCCCCUCUGGCCAUGCUCAUCACAGAGCUGCUGUGCAAAAUGCCCGCACGCCGACUUCGCACCCUGGAUCGCUUCCAACGCCAGACCUUCUUCCGUGGACUCAGCUUUGACCAAAACCUGCUGCAGCGCCACCCUGUGGAGGUGAUUCUGGAGCUGAGGGAGCGCCCCGACCGUGCCGCCAAAGCCCGCCGAGGCCUCGCGCUUUCACUGCAGCCGUUCAACGGCUUCGAUUACGACUCAAUACUUAGUCCGCCGAACACGCCUGACGCGCAGCUGCAGGGAGCCGCCCCGCGUCGGGAGGUGUUUGUUUGACUCUGAACGCCAACAAUCAUGACAGCUUGCAACAGUACGGUACAGACUUCCCAAGGCUUCUCUUGACAAAAUGGCUGGUCCAUACCUACAAUGGCCGUAUGUCCUCCAUUGUUGUUUACUGUGUGGCCGUACGCUACACUCACUUUCAGGUUUACCCUUUCACAAUGUUACAUGCUGAACUGGACCGCUGACCCGAUCUGCAGAAAGAAUGUCAGGGACCCAUGUCUGAAAUUCAAUGGGAAGUCAGGAGGACAUAUUUGAAGCAGCCAUUUUGAAGCAAAUUCCAGGCCUCCGACUUGGAUGAACUCAGGCAAUGUCAUUUGCCCAAAUGACUCCUGAAU